AUCCUUUAAUGGUUUCUAAAUGUGAUUACAUAUGUUCUUGUGUCAGCUCUGUUUAUAAAACAUUUCACUUACAGCAGGUACUAUAGGAACUUUAUUAGAAAUUAUUGUCUUUCAGAGUCCAUUGGGCACCAAUCAAAUGUUACUUGUAGUUGUUGUUUAUGUCUUUGGUAAGUGAUGACUCUCUUGCUGUGUUAUGUGGCCAUUCCAUUACGUGUCAGCAGUUUUAUGUCCUUGUUGCAGGUUGAGUAUGAGCACAGGUGAAGAAGAGUCUGGAAGAGUGAAACUUCAAACCACAAGAAGCUCCCUAACGCUCACACAGGACCUCGAUGGGAAUUUGAUCCUGCAUUGUCCUCAGAAUGAAAAUGACCCAAGCUUUGAGGUGACCAUGACUGCCACCACGGAAGUGGUGGAUGGCGACAUUAAUGAAGAAUCCAUAACUCAGAUACAGAUUCUCCAAAAUGAGCAGCUUGAUGACAUUUCUCCUGCAGGCAAUGAGGACAUGUCAGCAGUUAGUAGAGCGUGGUUUACCAGCAAAGAAGACAAAGAUUCUCUCACCAACAAAGGUCACAGAUGGAAACAAGGCAUGUGGUCCAAAGAGGAGAUAGCAAUCUUAAUGAGCAACAUAGACAGAUACUUGAAGGAACAUGGCAUUAAAGAUGCCGCUGAAAUCAUUUUUGAGAUGUCAAAGGAUGAAAGGAAAGAUUUCUAUAGGACAAUAGCCUGGGGACUGAACCGUCCACUUUUUGCUGUGUAUCGAAGAGUUCUUCGCAUGUAUGAUGACAGGAACCACGUUGGAAAGUACACACAUGCUGAGAUCGAAAAACUAAGAGAGUUACGUUUGAAGCAUGGAAAUGACUGGGCCACAAUAGGAGCUGCUCUGGGUAGAAGUGCCUCUUCUGUCAAAGAUCGCUGUCGACUAAUGAAAGAGACAUGUAAAACAGGAAAAUGGACAGAUGAAGAAGAGAGAAGGCUAACAGACGUUGUUCAUGAACUGACGGGCACAGAGGCUGGUGAUAUAGUAACACAAGGAGUGUCUUGGGCUUCUGUGGCAGAACGAGUGGGAACGCGCUCUGAAAAGCAGUGUCGCUCCAAGUGGUUGAACUAUCUAAACUGGAAGCAGAGCGGUGGAACGCAGUGGACCAAAGAAGACGAAAUCAAUCUGGUUAUGAGAAUAGCAGAGUUUGCUGUCUUGGAUGAGAAUGACAUCAACUGGGAUUUAUUGGCAGAAGGCUGGAGCAGUGUUCGUUCUCCACAGUGGCUCAGAAGUAAAUGGUGGACAGUAAAAAGACAGAUCGCCAACCACAAGGACGUGUCUUUUCCUGUAUUAAUUAAAGGCCUGCGUCAAUUGCACGAAAACCAACCUACUCUCCUGGGUGCUCAAGAUUUGGAGAACAAGGUGGACAUCCAGUCUCCGAGUGCAAACUCCAGUGUGCAGCACGUUCAGAUAAGAUUAGCCCACUUAGAGGAUAGCCCAGUUCUUCCUCAGAGUUCGGUGGCAGCAUUGCAGAUCCCUGUACAGAUUACUCAUUUAGGCCCAGACCCCACCUCCCCCAGUUCCGAUCCAGAUGCUGGUACGCUACAGACAUUUGAGAUCCUACCAUCAUUCUAUUUACAGCCAGCCGGCACGACAGGCACCUUCAUUCUGCAAACAGGAUCUUCCCAAAGUCUUCCAUUAUCCCUGGCAUCCAGUCCAUCUGUAACAUUGACAUCCAGCACUUCCCCAGCAUCACCAGAGCAAAUCAUUGUGCACGCCUUAUCCCCAGAACACCUCCUAAGUACAAAUGACAAUGUCACUCUCCACUGCCACACGCCUGGAAUUAUAAUUCGAACACUUGCUUCGGAUGACAUCUCUUCACCCUUCACUCAGACUGAGCUCUCUAUAGACUCUGCCUUACAUCAAGAAGAUUUGAACAGUCCUCAGAGUUGUCAUGAAUCUGACCAUCUUUCCCAGGAGAUCCACCAUAAUGACAUUAACGGUAGACAUGACUCUUUGUAUUGCACUGAGCAGUCCUCAAAGAUGAGGGUGGGGAGUACUAUGAAGCUGUUACCACAUCCUGAUGUAACAAAGGACAUAACUGUUGUGGGGGUAAAACCUAGUGAAGCUUGCAUUGACUUGGAAGCAAACCUUAUGGAAAAGAAUCUUGGACCUUCUGCUCUAGAAGAACAUGCCAGCAAGCCUCCAGUAGAAGGAACAGUGCUUAUUGUCCCAUCAUGUCAUAGUUACAUUCAAAGUGAUGAUAUUGAUGGAGAGUCUGUGCUUCCUCUUACCACACUUGCAGAUCCAAUAUUGCAGCAUCACAGGAAUAAAUGCCACAGUCUUGUCUCCUCGGUUGAUGGACCAGACUCUGACGACUUGAAAGAUGUGGAGGAUUUAUAGAACUGCUUCCUAACCAUUCCUAGACUUGCUGCACGCAAUCUACUUUUCACCCUCACUUAGCUGCUACAGACCAGUUACUAUUACACUACAAAUGAUGCACUAUUAUGUUAUCACCAGCUUCUAUUGUUACAGUCAGGUAUUUUCAGUGUCAUUACCCAGCUAUGCUCCUAAAUUGAAUCCUUUAUCAUAGUCACUUUGUCAGCCAAAGUUUCAUUUGGCUGCAUUUAUGCCUCUGCAAGAGAGGUGUGUUACCGUUCAUCACUAUAGAAGGCACCUUUACAUGUGAAGCAGCAGGGCAGAAAUUCAACCCAUCACUCCAAAAUGCACUCAUUGUCACCCAUUCAUAAUAGUCUUGGGGCAGACAAACCACUGUGAGUGAAAUUGCACACAUUAUUACUGCCCUGGAACUAGCACUAGUCUUAAAAGUUGGAUGAAAUCAGUCUUAGGACAUAAAUAUGAGCCUUAAUAAAGCUACAAACUGAUUGUACAAUCACCUUUUAGAUUUACCAACAAGCAUAUGAUGUAAUCUCCAGUGCAAUUGGAUAGAAAUUGAUUUGAUUGCAUGGGUUUGGCCUCAUUACAUUGCAAAUAUGAUGGUACAAUCAGACUGUAGUGCAGGGGUGCCCAACCUUUUGAAGACGGAGGGCCACAAUAAGCAGAGCGGGUGGAUGGCAGCCCACUCAACUCU